GGAUUGCUGCACCAUGGGCUUGGCGCAUUGAUUGGAUUGCAUUGAGUUGCCCAACAGGGUUUGCUUUGGUUUGGUUUGGUUCGGUUCAGUUCAGUUCACACACCAUGGAGAAACAGAGACUACCAGUCGACACGGUACCCAGCAGGGAGGCUGCGGAAGCCCUGCUGAACCGGUGCCGGGCCGCCGAGACGGUGGAAGAGCAGAAGGAAUCCUUCGAGGAACUGGCACUGUGGCUGGAGCGGGAGACCGAAUCAUCGGUCGCAAAUCCAGAAAGUAGCAGCGACAGAGGCAGCGGUGGACACAAGCAACGAGAAAGGCCGGGCGAGGAGAGUUUCGUGGGACUCCUCGCGGCCCGGGAAACCGUCGCCCGGAGCGUCCUGACAACAUGGCCCUACUACGGACCGGCCUCGAUCUCGGCCCGCUCCUGCCUCGACCGGGUCCUGGACGCCUGCUCCCUGGUCGUCGUGGUGUCCACCUGCUCCGGCCUGCUCAAGGAAGUGGCCUCGAAAGCACCGGGAAGCGCGGGACGCCACCGCCGCCCCGAAGAAAGCGGGGAACCAGGGACGCUCCCAUCGUGGCCGCUGCCCCCGCGGAGCAUCGUGGAAGCCUGCUGGGCGACCCUCCGGCGCCUGCUGCUGGCCGCACCGCCGUAUCCAUUGCUGCCGCAGAAGGUAUCGCUGCCCGAGUGCCAGCGCUUUGUGUCCGCGGUUGUCCUGCUCCUCCCGCAGGCCCUGGCCAAUGCCUGCCACGCCGUCGGGCUCGGGGUUCCGCUCCACGCAGCACCGGCGCGCUUUUAUCCGCGGCUCGUCCGCUGCGCCUGGUCAAAUGCGAAACGGUUGGAGGCCACCGCUGCUCUCCCUUGUGCCGGAAGCGGUUCCUUCUGGGAAACCUACGCGAACGUCCUCGCCGCCCAGAUGCUCCGGACCCGGCGGAGCGAAGACCUCGCGGAGGCGCUGGUCCAGCAGCUGGCAGACGCUGUAGCUGGUGGCGACGACGACGAUGCGCUUUGCCCGUUGCUGCCGGGACUCCGGGGCCUGGAGCCGGGCGAAACGGCGGCGCUGGUUCUGGCACUCCUCCGAUGCUCCGGCCUCCCGCCACGCCAUUCCACCGCCGGGAAGGGAAAAGCCGACGCCCACCGACGCCUCGCCAAGCGGACCCAAAGGGUCUGCGGCGUGUUGUUCUGGUCCUCUUCGAUGGAACACCAGGAAGCGAUCCUCGAGCGAUUGGUCUUUUCCCACAGGGCGUCCGUUCCCGUCGUUCGACACGGCGGGGAACGCAACGGCAGAGGGGACGUCCUUUCCCGUCAGCCAUUGUCCGCGAGAGGGGACCCGCGGAGGUGGAGCCGGCAGGUGGCGGGGGUUCUGGCACCUCCUGCCGCGAGCGGCAGCGAUUCCGGUUCCAAUCCCUGGGCUGUUUUUUCCGGGCACCUGGCCAGCAUCGCGGAGCGCUGGUCCCAGUGGACCUUUGUCCAGGAGGCGGAGGCCAAGCUGCAGCACCACGUCUCGCUCGUGUUGUGGCGGGGACUGGUGCGACUCGAGUCGUCUUUGUCGCCUUUGCAGGGGUCUUUGCAAGAACCCAGCCACCGGCAACUCACCGCGGCUCUGGUCAACGGGGUCUCGCAUCGCCUGGCUUCGACGCUGACGGUCCCCCGACAGGACGGAAUGCGAAUCGCGCAGCAGCUGGCGAGGGGUCUCGGCCAGGACAGMCUGCAAUUCGACGAAUUUAUUGACGACGACGACGACGACAGCAGCAGCAGCAACACCGAAGCCGACGACGGAACAGACGGAGCUUCUUUGAUCGACGGCGACGAAACCCCGGAUCUUGCCGAACGUGCGCACACAAACCAUUCCAAGCAGCGAACCAACGCAUGGUUCGAUCCUGACGAGGAUUACGAGAGCGAGGACGAGGACGAGGAAGAGGAGGACGAUUCCGGCGAUAGAGACGUCGAAAAGACUGGUACCCAGACCAGAGACAAACCCGACGCGGCUGCGAGUGACGAGAAGGACAUUGUUGACGAUGUAUCGGUAGAAUGGGAAGAUGAGCUCAUUCCCUACGACCUGGAGGACGACGAAGAAGACCUCCGAGAAACCCCGAAGCCCCUGCAGUUGCUAGAAGCGCUGGAUCUCUUGCGGACGGGGGACAACCACGACCACGCAUCCAGCCGCCACGAGGCAGCCCUCGAUGCCCUCCCGGACCUGAUUCGGGCCCGGCCGGACAACCUGGACGACGCGGCGGUGUCCCUGGUGCUCCAGCUUCUGAGGAUGGAGGACAGGUUCGGCAUCGAUGGAUUCGGCUCGAAGCGGAAGGCAGCGGUGUUGGCACUCCUGGUCGAGGCGCCGGUGCUGGUCGGGCAGGCGCUGGUGGAGCAGUUGUUCGAGGAAGGCGGCCUCGCCGACCGAUUGACCAUCCUGGAGUGUCUGCAGGCCGCGGCCUUCGAGCUCUCUGGAACCAUGAGCCUCGUGGAAGGAGCGGCAAAGAAGGAGGUCGGGCUCCCGGUUCUGAACGCCGCGAGCGGUUCUUUUCCGGAUCCCUGCAAACAGGAGGAAUCUCUGACAAAGCUCCGCAACGACCAGUCAUCCCGAAUUCUCUCGAAAACACGUCGGAAGCGUUCGCGUGCCCAGCCAACAGCGGUACGGAAUCGAUUCUCGAGCAUCGCCCCGUUGUGGUUCUAUUCCCUGAUCGCGGGCUUUGUCAAGCACAAAGAAGACGAAACGCUGUGGAAUGGUUCGACUGGAUCCAUACUCCUAGCGUAUUUCCUCCGCUGCCUCUCUGCCAUUGUGGAAUUUUCGGGGGUUCGGGCCUCGCAGGUCCUGGCCAGUGACCUGCUGGGUCUCGCGUGGGAGUUUCGAACCGCGGACGUUGCGGAAGUGAGGCUUUCCGUCCUGGUGGCUGUGUCGACUUCCAUCGCCACGCUAUCCGAUGAGAAGCUGAUCACCCUGCUCUUGGGCAGCAGCGAGGCCGGUCUGUCCAAAACCAUGCUGGAAAUGUCGCACAACGAUCCCGACAACGAGUGCCGGAGCCUCUCGAAAACAAUCGCCCUCUCGAUCCACGAAGUGCUAAACAACCGGUACUAACGACCCGCUCUAGGAUGCCUCAGCAACGAAA